AUGAAGAUUGUUUUCGUUUUCUUUCUCACAGUUUGUGUGGUAUAUUUGACUGUUGGAGAGUCAGACGAUGAUAAAUUGGUAGAUAAGACACCCGAGAAACGCACAGAUGAAAAAGCUGAAGGCGUAUUUUCAUCUGAGAACGAGGCUAACGAUUUCUUAAAAGAUAAAAGAGAGCCAGGAAGCCGAAAGUACUAUAAAUACGGAAGAUUCAUGCGCAUGGCCCUUCCUAGAAAACAUCAUUAUGGCAGAUACGGUGGUAGUCAUAGAUACAGAUAUCAUGGACAUCAUGGCGGAAGUAGUAGUGAAGAGGAAGAAGGUGGUUACUAUGGUAACAGAUAUGGCGGUGGUCGUUAUGGCGGGGGAGGAUUCGACUGGGAUGAUUAA